GAAUCGACUCAGAGAGAGAGAGGCAGGGGAAUCCUAUUCUCGGUGCUGCUCGCCCACCAAAGUGCCAAGUCGGGUACAGCUAAGCUAAACCACUACAACCACUACCUCCAAAUACGAAGCCGCGACCAUCGUCUCUGUCCCAAAGUCUCAAGCUUUCUUCUUCUUCUUCACACCUCUCUCACAUCUACAGAAGAAAGCUCCAUUUUGGAAUUGAGUUGGGAACUUGGGAGUCUUGGGAGUUGGGAACUCCAUCUCUUUCUCUUUCUCUUUCUCUUUCUCUUUCUCUCCAGUCGUAAAUCCUAGGCCAUGUUGAACCUGCUUCUUCUUCUUCUCCUGUGUCUGUCCUCUUUCUUGUCGUCACUUCCUCAAGUCCAAUCGGCCACUCUACCCUCUGAUAUCUAUGUGCUGAAAGCAUUAAAAGCCUCAAUCAAACCAAAUUCCAUCUCUCCCUGGUCAUGUCUCGGUUCCUGGAACUUCUCCAUCGAUCCUUGCUCCCUCCCUCGCCGCACCUCCUUCAUCUGCGGCGUCUCCUGCAGUCCUGACUCCACCCGAGUUACCUCACUCGUCCUGGACCCCGUCCGUUACUCGGGCACCCUCACCCCUCUCAUCUCCCAACUUACCCAGCUGACCCAACUCGACCUCUCCGAAAAUUCCUUCUAUGGCCCAAUCCCUUCUUCGCUCUCCUCCCUCGCUAAACUCGAGACCCUUUCCCUGAGAUCCAAUUUCUUCACCGGCACCAUACCUUCCUCCUUAACCAAACUCGCAUCUCUCGUGUCCCUGGACUUUUCCAACAAUGCCCUCACGGGACUCCUCCCCGUUACCCUGAGUUCUCUCUCCGGUUUGACAACUAUGGACCUCAGCUUCAACAAGCUAACCGGUUCUCUACCCAAACUUCCCCCCAACCUGGUGAAUCUGGCUCUCAAGGCCAAUUCCUUAUCUGGGUCGCUCUCACCAUCCUCGUUCCAAGGACUAACCCAAUUGGAGGUUGUGGAACUCGGUGCCAACAGGUUCACCGGAGCUGUACAAGCCUGGUUCUUCCUCAUACCAUCCCUGCAGCAGUUCGAUCUAUCCAACAACAGCUUCACAAGUAUUGAGAUCCAGAAACUUGGGAACACGAAGAACAGCAAUCUGGUGGCAGUUGAUUUGGGGUUUAACAGGAUCGAAGGUUACUUGCCUGUGAAUUUGGCGACCUUCCCUCAAAUGGCGUCACUUACGCUGAGGUACAACAGGUUCCGUGGUCCGAUUCCCUGGGAGUACUACAAGAAGGUGAGUAAUCAGAGUCUGAGAAGACUGUUCCUUGAUGGGAAUUUCUUGAAUGGGAAACCUCCGGCGGGGUUCUUCUCAACUGGGUCUGGGUCUUCGGUGGCUGGGAGCUUCGGAUAUAAUUGUCUUGAGAGUUGCCCUGCUUCCUCUCAGCUCUGUUUGCCUUCGCAGAAACCAACCUCUGUGUGCCGGAAAGUGUACGGCGGCAGGACCAGUCCUUAGUUUGGUUUACUACUACAAUGAAAUCAGUCAAUUUCUUUAUAGAAUAAUAAUCAAAGAGUGUAUUUUCUUAUGUUGUACAGCCAAGAGAACUUAAUUGAGAAGAACUGAUGAUUUAAUAUA